AUGACGCCCGCACUCCCUGCCGCCUCGGCUUACCCCUCCUUACGGCUCCCUGCAGACGCGACGGCCCUGACCAAGAACGUGCCCAACUACCCCGGCAACGGCGGCCACAUCAUCACGGGGCCCACUGCCGUGUGCGGCGCACAGCCCGGGGAUGUCCUCAAGAUCGAGAUCCUAAGCCUGUCCCCCCGCAAGAACCCGCUCACCGGCAAGGCCUACGGCGUCAACGGCCAGAACGGACCGUACAUCCCGCUCAACACCAAGAACGCGGACGGCACCAACGCCACCACCGCGGGCAGCUCCAUCGUCUACGAGGUCGACUACGACGAGUACGGCGGCUGGGGCUACCCUGUCUACGGCUUCUUCAGCGCUCCCAUCAUCCCCCCCGACAACGGCACUAACACGGCAGGAGCCAUCACGCCGCACAAGGUCAACUACGGCAUCAAGACGAGCGCCGACUCGACCGGCUUCGACCCGGUGACGUACCCGCCCGGCUUCCAGUCCACGCUCAACAGCAGCACCGACCUGCAGUACAUGAACGCCUCCUUCCAGUACCGCAUCCCUCUCAGACCCUUCCUCGGCACCAUUGGCGUGACCCCGUCCAACGCGGCCAACUACAUCAACGGCGCGCCCAAUGGCACGCUGGGCGCGGCUACCACCGCGCCAUCCCGCUUCGGUGGCAACAUGGACAACUGGCGCGUCGGCGCGGGGUCCACGCUGUACGUGCGCGUGGAGGUGCCCGGUGCCAACUUCUUCUUCGGUGACUGCCACACGGCGCAGGGCGACUCGGAGAUCUCGGGGACGGCCAUCGAGACGUCGCUGACGGCGGUGUACCGCCUCACCACGCUGCCCGCCGCCACGCUGCCGGCCGCCCUGCAGAACUUGAGCUUCCCCAUCCUGGAGACCGCCGAUGCGAUCGACAUUCAGGGCUUUGCGUUAAACAACUAUCUGGACGAGCUGCCGGUGCCGUCCCAGAUCGCGACGGCGGGCGGCCGCAGCGUUGACGCGGCGCUGGCGCACGCGUACCAGAACGUGCGCGACUUCCUCGUCAAGGGAUUCGCCAUGCAGGAGCGCGAGGCGCUGUCACUCAUCAGCACCGGGGUGGACUUCGGCGUCACCCAGGUGGUGGACAGCAACUUCGGCGUGCACGCCAACCUGCGCAAGUCCAUCUUCAGCGCCAAGCCCGCCACCACGCCCGCCGGCCUCUUCACCGGGCCCGCCUCCCGCAAGCUCAAGGGACAGGGCGGCGAGGUGGAGGAGGAGGCCAUGGACCUGCUCAGCCUCCUGAAGCGGUUCGAGGCCAAAAAGUAG